AUGACCGACAAACUGACCAGGAUCGCAAUCGUCUCAUCUGACAAAUGUAAACCGAAGAAGUGCAAGCAGGAAUGUAAAAAGUCAUGUCCGGUCGUCCGGAUGGGCAAACUGUGUAUCGAAGUUGAAACUACUUCCAAGAUCGCAUUCAUUUCCGAAGAAUUAUGUAUCGGUUGUGGUAUCUGCCCCAAAAAAUGUCCUUUCGAAGCCAUCAACGUCAUCAAUCUGCCAACCAACCUCGAAAAGGAAGUCACCCACCGAUAUUCGGCCAAUUCUUUCAAGCUUCAUCGGUUGCCGAUCCCUCGUCCUGGUCAGGUGCUUGGUUUGGUCGGUACAAAUGGUAUUGGGAAAAGUACAGCUCUAAAAAUUCUAGCCGGGAAACAAAAACCCAAUCUUGGUCGGUUCGAUGUUGCUCCAGACUGGCAAGAAAUUUUGAAACACUUUCGAGGCUCUGAACUUCAAAACUAUUUCACCAAGAUCCUAGAAGACAAUCUCAAGGCACUCAUCAAGCCGCAGUACGUUGAUCAUAUCCCCAGGAUGGUCAAAGGUAAAGUAGGUGAACUGCUAGAAGGUAAAGACGGAGCUGGAAAGAGACAAGAGAUGCUCAACGUUCUGGACCUGAAUGACGUCGUCGAUCGUGAAAUUAGUCAACUGAGUGGUGGUGAAUUGCAACGUUUUGCUAUUGCCAUGAGUUGUGUUCAAAAAGCAGACAUCUACAUGUUUGAUGAACCUUCCUCCUAUUUGGAUGUCAAACAGAGGUUGAAUGCCGCCCGAACAAUUAGAUCCUUACUCCAUCCUACCUGCUACGUCAUAUGUGUUGAGCACGAUUUAUCUGUCCUGGAUUAUCUGUCAGACUUCAUAUGCUGUUUGUACGGGCUGCCUGGAGCGUAUGGUGUGGUUACCCUACCAUUCUCAGUUCGUGAAGGUAUCAACAUUUUCUUGGAUGGAAUGAUUCCAACGGAGAAUCUACGAUUCCGAGACGAAUCUUUACAUUUCAAGAUCGCAGACUCAGCUGAAGACAUCGUUGUUGAAUCAUCUCGUAGUUACAAAUACCCGGCGAUGACCAAAACACAAGGAAACUUCAAGUUGACAGUUGAAGCAGGAAAUUUUACGGAUUCGGAGAUCAUCGUGAUGUUAGGAGAGAAUGGGACGGGGAAGACAACAUUUGUGAAGUUGAUUGCCGACAAGAUCAAACCUGACGAAGCCAAUCUAACGCUUCCAUACAAUCCCGAACGAGUUUCAUUGAAACCCCAAACAAUUGCGCCCAAGUUCAAGGGAUCAGUUCGGAUGCUUUUGAUCAAACAGAUCAAGGAGAUGUUCAUGCAUCCUCAAUUCCAGGCCGACGUCAUCAAGCCAUUGAACAUCGAAGGCCUCAUGGAUCAAGAGGUUCUCACCCUCUCUGGUGGUGAACUUCAACGUGUCGCUCUCGUCUUGGCCUUGGGCAAACCGCGAACAGAUAUCUUUUUGAUCGACGAGCCUAGUGCCUACCUUGAUUCCGAACAACGUAUCGUCACCUCAAAGAUCAUCAAGCGAUACAUCAUGACCGUCAAGAAAACUGCCUUCAUUGUCGAGCACGAUUUUAUCAUGGCGACUUACCUAGCCGAUCGAGUGAUCGUGUAUGAUGGAAAACCAUCCAUAGAAGCCACUGCUCAUGCUCCGCAGAACCUACUGACCGGAAUGAACAAGUUUUUGAGCUCGCUCGAGAUCACCUUCCGAAGAGACCCAUCGAACUUCCGCCCUCGAAUUAACAAAACUGAUUCAUUGAAAGACAAGGAACAAAAGGCUUCGGGGUCUUACUUCUUCCUUGGCGAUGAUUGA